UAUUGUUUGCGGUUUGUUUCUCGUUUCUCGUGCAUGCUCGUCACUUCGUGAAACUCUAGGCGCGCGAGCAUUAAUCCUUCGCGUUACUCGAAUAUUAAUUUAGCAACGAACGUGUGUCGUCGUACGUGUUAAUAACGCGACGUUAUCUAGCCGGGCGACAAUCAGUGUGUUCAUUCCGCGAGUGCUCGUGGCAAAAUCAGCAAAAAUUUCGCGCAAAGGGAUCAUGAAGAAGACGAAGGACGUGUCGGACGAGGACGAGUACUCGGCUGAUGAUCCCGAGGAGGUAGAAGGAGCAUCAGAGGAGGAUUGGAACGCCGAAGCCGGGGCUGAGGGAGGAGCUAAGAAAAGGCCACAGAGAGGAUCGGCAAAGAAACGACAACAUUCGGAAGAGGAGGAGGAAGACGAAGAAGAAGAAGACGAAGAGGACGAGGAGGAAGAAGAAGAGGAUGAUUCAGAUUCUGAUACUGGCAAGAAACCUAAAAAGAAGAGACGUUCAAAAAAAGAUGAGGAAGAGGAGGAUGAUUCCGAUGACACUAGCUUCAACGAAUCACCGGGUACUCCACCAAAAGAUUACACGUCCGGAGCAUUCGUUGUUGCGAAAGCUGAUGUUGGAGGUAGUACCGAUCCAACCUUAUGGAGGAUAGACGGAAAAGCCCUGUUACAAAAAUACUUGCCCUUCAAGGAGGAGGGAAAAACAUUGUACAAAAGCACAUCCACGUAUUCUGGAUGGUCUAUCAAUCACAAAGACAAAUACUUAGCAGCUCAGGUAACCUUCAAGGUGCAGAAUAGGAUGGAGACAAUCGUCGAACUUCACCUUGACGAGCAACAGCAACAGGAAGUCGUAAAGUAAGAUCCUUUUUUUCCCUGUCCAUUAACCCUCGCCCAUUUCCCAAACAUACGAAGAUCCCCCUCCCUAUUCCCUUCUACAAUUAACCAACCCUCUGGGAACCUUUACAGCGCUCAUCGAAUCAGUUCCCUCAACGAAAAAAUGAAAAAGGAAAGUGCAAACGCAGACGCAAAAAGGUGUGAGGAAUGAAAAAUUGUGUUUCUUUUCUCCUUUAUUCCAGGUUAGGAAAAGAGGAGGAGUAAGUAAAUACCGUAGCAAGAGUGAAUGUUGUCAUCUGUUUGUAUAAGUUUUAAGAUACAAUUAAGGAAUACAGUUUAACGAGAGAGUGACGAAAAAAACGAAUAUGCAACGAUGAGGACAGGAAAAAAAAUCGCUCCUUUCGCGUCAGCCCUGACCGAAAGAUAAAUUGGUUUCUUGUUUGCAUAUACCGUCGAAGAUUCGUGUUUGAUGGAAAACAAUGGAAAAUAAUAGAAUCAAAUUUGUUGCGUGUUUAUGAUUCGUAAAAUACGUAAGUUCAUUGAAUCGAGAAUCAUUCGAGGGAGCAAAAAACGGUUCCUUUCCUUUAUCCAGCUCACAAUAUUUUCUCCCACUGUACUCGUUCCUCUGUCCAUUUAUCCCCAAGGCUCCCGAUAAAAAGAAAAAUGAAAAGAACAAUACUUGAGGCAUUUAAAAUAUAAAUGGUUACUCUAUAAGUCAUUGACCUCUUACCCUUGGCCCUUUGACGUUAUCUAUUUACGAGGACAAAAGCAGAUUUGAAAAUGCGGAUGAUUGUGUUGUAGAAAUUUCUUUUGACAUUUUGGCGGUGUGAAUGCUCCACUUUAUUAACUGUAAGAAACAAACAGGAUCGAAAUCAUGGAUAAGAAAACACAGGAGACCGACCUGUAACUUCCAAUCAUUGAGAAAAAACAUAUAUAAAAAAAAAAGAAAAUCUUAAUUCUGCAUUUAUACGUAAUAUAUUUUGGAUAUUCGUUACGUUGACGAAACCGUGAAUGGAAAAAGUAAAAAAAAGAGAACAGAAACAACGGAACCACUAACAUUUGUUUACUUCAAAAUUGCGUGAUCACAAGUCCGAAUACCAUUUUUGUAAUUACAACGGUAAUUAAUUAUAAGCAAACCAAACAACUUUUAUUUCCGUUCUUUAUAAUAAUGAAUAAUAAUAAUAAUGAUAAUGGUAAUAAUAUUGAUUUAAAAAAAUAAUCCAAAUACUAAAAAUUAAAAACCCGUCGAAACUUAUGAAUUAUACGUGACUCGUAUCUGAAUUCAUUUUUCUGCAUAAAAUAUUUGUGAGAAUAAAAACUGAAUUGUCGAAGAGAGGCAAAUGAAAAA